AGUCGGGUUGACAAGGGUUCAAACUCAAAGACAUAAUUAAUAUAUCUUUGAAAGGAAGAAGUAACUUAAGAUUGAAAUGAUCCUGAAUUUGAUGUAUCACUUAGGUUGCUUGUGUCCAAUAAAUUGGAAAGUUUCUUAUACACUUUAUUGGGUAUCAAUUACUUAUGCUAAUGAGCUACAACUUGUACAUAAUAAGGUUUUCACAAGGGGUUCGGUUUCACUUGACGAGGUGAAACUAGGUCGAUGUGGGCCAGUAAUAUCGAUUAGCAGUCUAAUACCCAUAAUACCCAUAUAUUGCUAUUGAGAAAAGUCUUAAGAAAAGUUCAAAAAUUGUUAUAUUAAAUAAAUUGCUACGAUAUUGCAAUAAAUGAUGCAUGCGUUUUAAGUUCAGUUCCUAUAGGUUUUUAUGGUUCCUCUUUAAUCAUUUAUCACAAUCUGUGUGAUAGGGAUGAAUCGUAUCUCAAUUUUAUGUUAUUUUCCCAACAAAUAUUUAACAAGAAUCUCCAAUCUUUUUGGCAUCUGCCUAACUCAUUGGUUGAUUAAAGAUUCCCCAUCGAUUUCGUGCUGUAACUGGUGGCUGGUUUCGAGUUCGUGACUCUUUUCCAAAAUGCAACCAACGACCUUGCGACUUGUUGGCUGCGGAUUCACCUCGGAGAGUCGCCGAGAGGCCCGGAGAAACGUAGAGAGAGCCCCAAAAGUUGGCACCAGAUGGGCACCGGUUGGCGGCAUUACUCGUCGGAUUGGGGGAGCUGACUAACGGUUGUCGGCGUAGAUUGUCGCCACCGGAAACCAGCAUGGAUAUAUGUAUGUAUGUACAUUCGUUCGAUUUGGCCAAAGCGAAUGGAAUGCUCCACUGCCAUUUAUGCAGUUCCUUGCCCAAUCGCUUGACUCAGCUCUGAGAUGCGAAUUAAUUAAAAGUGGAUGAAAUACUAGCCACUGCCACAGCCACAGCCACUUAGCUGCCAAUUGUGAGCAAGGUCGCCGCGGUUAGAGCUUCCAAAUGCCGGCUAAAUGCCUUUUGGCCCGUUCGAGGCAAUUACGGUGGCUAAGUGACCGGCUCAGCAAUGUGGGCGCUGGUCCCGCUGGUCAGGUGGAAGUCGGAUCGGCGAGGGGUUGAUGCUUGUGCGUGUGCGAGUGCGUAAUUGCGCCUGUGCUCCGCCCAUUCCCUCCACCAAGUCGUCGAAACUUGCCAUUUUCGUUUUCUAAUUAAACGAGUGGCAGCAAACGAUUGAUCUUGUUUUGAUACCCUGCAAGUGGGCACUUUGGACAUGGCUGUUACUACGAGGAUUGUCUGUUAGUCACGUAAACAUGGCGUAUGAGUAAUAAGCGGCAUAACUAAACAGUAGGCAAUAAACUUACUUAUUUAAUUAUUGCGUUAUGUGGUACAUCCAAUUGUAAUUUAAAUAUUUUUAAAUAAGUUACAAUUUAAAAGUUCAAUUAAACAUUAAGAAAACUACCUCAAUUAUGUUAAGAACAAACACAUAAUCAAAAAAUGAUAUUAUUUAUAUUAACCCUUUGAUAUUAAUGAAUUUUCUUGAGAGAGUACCAAAAAUCACCAGUAAACACCGACACUGUUCUUGUGGCAACUGCAAAUGCAACUGCAACUGCCACAAUAUGAGGCACUUAUUACAUCAGACAAAUUUCGGCUGGAGAACCUGAGAAUGUGCCGAAAAACGGCGAAAAAAUGAAACCAGAUCGGCCGGCGAGUCAGCGGAAAACGAGUCUGGUGUUGGUGGUAGCUUGGUAACUAGGUAGCUGGGUAACUGGGUAUCUUGGAGCAGCGCUCUUGAACGUACUCAAAUGGACUUUGGUGAGUGGUGUGCCUCGGCAGCAGCAAUAGCAGCAGCUAUUCCAUUGAGAAAAGCCAGCACCAAUGAUGAAAUCCGCACCAGAAACACGAAAUCCGCCAUCAGCUAUGAGGUCUGGGGUGCAAGAUCGAGAUCGAGAUCGGGCAGCCACCAAAUGAGACGCAAUUGUCACUCUGCCCAUUAGAUUGUCCAGUUUUUUUUUUUUUUUUCGUCCGCUGACAACUGCCGCCAGUUUCGAAUAUAAAACUGAAGACCAGGCGGAAAAUGCAUCUCACAUUUGAGCUGAGUUCUCGCAGUGCAGACACAUCCAAACCAGAGCUCCCUCAUUCACACAUCCUUCGCCAUGAUUGCCCAGACUCUGUUCGUUUUGGCACUGAUCCUGUCCGCUGUGGUGGCCAUUCCCAUUGAUCCCUAUGGACUGUCGGCUCCGGGACUCACCUAUGCGGCUCCCAAGCUGCUAGCUGCUCCUGCCAUCUCCUAUGCGGCUCCCAAGCUCCUGGCUGCUCCUGCCAUCUCGUAUGCCGCUCCUGCCAUCUCAUAUGCUCCCAAGGUCCUGGCUGCUCCCGUUGCCGUGGCCAAAGUGGCUGUGGCCGAGCCCUACGAUCCCAAUCCGCAGUACAGCUUCUCGUACGGAGUAACCGAUCAUCACACCGGCGACUCCAAGCAGCAGGAGGAGACCCUGGUCAACGGAGUCGUCCACGGCAGCUACUCCCUGGCCGAGCCCGAUGGCACCAUUCGCAAGGUCACCUACACCGCCGACAAGGUCAAUGGAUUCAAUGCCGUCGUGGAGAAGAAGGGCGUGGCCGCGGUGGCCAUUGCCAAGCCAGCUCUGGCCAUCGCCGCCGUUCCCGCCAUCACCAAGAUUGGAUACGCCUCGGCGCCCGGCCUGAGUCUGGGUGGAUACCACUAGGCGAUGAGUCUCCAGCGAUGACAAACUCCAUGGCCUAAGUUGUAGGACCGUUGUUAAAUAGUUCUAAUGCAUUUACCCACAUUUCUGUCAGUCAAAACCCGAAACACAAAGGACGUGCGUGCUGUUGCCACCCCGCUGUUGACCCCCACAUUCCCAAUUCCCAAUCUCCGAUCGAUGGAUCGCCAACAUAGACUACGUUUAGGGAUACCGUUCUGGGGAUCUGGGGAACGGCUAUCGGCCACUUAGUGAAUUAGUAACUGCAUUUACUGAAUAAAAGUUUCGGUACAAAAAAA